AUGAAGUUGAUUUGGGUUUUUGCUCUCGUUUUUUCUCUCGGCGCGUUGUCUCUGUUGGCGGAGAGUAUUCCCCGGCAAGAAGUCACCCAAGUGCUGGCGUCAAAGCAGAAUGAUCCCUCGGUAAAUGACCGUUCUGAUUCGCUGAACAGGCUGAAGAGAGAAAUCGCCUCAGGUUUGUUGAUUGAUCACCGCACUCAAAGUCCUUUGAUCGGUUCGGUGAUCUUCUUUCUAGUUCGUCGCACUCAGUCCCUCGCUUGGCUCUCAUUUUUUUGUAGAACUCCCUCGGCCGUCGCGCUCGGCUUUCACAUAGUCCGGCCCACAGCUCGAGUUUUGGGCAAGUCUCGGUUUUCUCAGACUAUAGAUCAGAUCUCUAUCUUUUCUCUAAGAUGUAUGAUUACAGUGUAUCGUAACUGAAUUUAACUAACUUAUUGGUACUUAAUUUCGCGGGUCUUUCAAAGUAAAAGUAUUUUUGCGUUUUUCGCAGUUGAAGAAAGAAAUGGCGAAAUUAAAGACCUGCGAAUAAAAAUUCUCGCGAUAUUUCAACACGCUUUCCGUAUUUAAUACCCAUAAAGAAAAUUCAAAUUACAGAAAAAAAAUAUAUUAACAUAGCAACAACAUAUACAAGGGUAUCAACAAAGGAGGAGAAAAAUUGCUAACUGGUUUUACUGGUAGGUUCCAUUUUCUAUCUUCGGUUGAAUGUGAAAUAACGUUAAUUUGUAAAGGUUUCACACAUUCUUUAUUCCAGUAUAUCUAUAAAUUGUAAAAAGUUCAGACAAUUUGAGAAAUAGAAUGAAGUUGAGAACUAUUAAAUCGCGAAAUUUAAUGCCUUGUUUUCAAAUUUGCCCGGCUGUUGCAAGCGUGAAAAUGUAACCCCCUGAAAUACUCUAGCCAAAAUCGCGAAAUUUGGUACCAAUAAGGUACGAAACUCAAAGGGAAGUCUUUUCACAUUCUUCGUUAAGUCCCAAGGAAGGUUUGAACGAGCUUCUCUUUAACCGCCUAAUCUACGCUUAAAAACACCCAACCCAAGCCGAUUCUAUCGGUUUGAAGCUCUUUGCUUUAAACGAACAUUGGCAUUGGAAUAAAUGGAAUUUUGCAUAUUAAUUCACUAGGUUUAUUUUACAAGUGCAACUACUUUUGAAUUUGAAGUCAAUAAUGACAUGACGACAUCAAAACGUCAUUACACAUUACAAUAUCGCUGAUUUUUACUCUCGAUUGUUUUCCUAAAGCUUCUGCUGUGGGAAUUUAAUAUCUAGAUUCUUUAAGAAAUUGCUUCUCCUUAUGAUUAUCAUAAACUCAAGCCUUACAUGUUAAAGCAGCUGACUGAAAACUCACAAUCCUGCGCUAGUACCUUCCUGUAACCCUCCAAAGUUACAGCCCGCUUUCUCUACUCCAAUUUAUCUCGGGUAAGGCAGUGAAUGAUACACAAUUUCCUUGUUUGUAUAUCGUAUACAGUAUGUACAAAAAUGUUUCAAUUAUUGACCUGGCAGCGGGGUGUGAAAGGCAUACUUUGAUUACUUCACCUUCUGCUUAAAGAGGGGGCUCUAAGCGUUUUUAACAAAUAUAGAAACUGUUGUGCGUAUUUCAUCGAGAAGUCUCAAAAAAUUCCAAGAGGAUAAUCGAAUUUAAUUUCAAAUUAAAAAUCAAUUGUUCUUUCAGUUGGCUGGCGCAAAGUAAAUAAAUGGCCAGUUUGUUUUGAAGCAAAAGGCAGCCAGUUCGGAAGAUUUUACGUUCCCGGGGGAAGAUUAGCGGCCGUAAAGCUGGUUCAUCUGUACGGAUACGUGUCUUGUCACACUGCAGAUCCAACUUUCUGGUCCUACUGGGGCUGUGGUGAGAGUCAGUGGAGCGGGAUAAACACUCAAGUCAAUGUUGUCAUCACAGAUUCAAACAACCACAUUCUACUCCCACCAAUUCAGUUCCAGAAGGUCAGCAACUUAAAGUGGUACAAGGUUCCCGGAUAUAAUUCCCUCUCACCUGAGCUUGUUCUGCACUUCUUUACGUCUCCCAAAUGGGUCCAUCCGAACCAAGAAUUACGCGUGUGGUACGGUGAAAACUUAGUCAAGCUAAACGGCGAUAAUGGAGGAAAAGUGUGCGCUGAUGUCUAUGCUCUCUUUGUGUGA